AUGUUCCUCUCCCCAGGGGGCGUGUGCAUCUCCCAGUCGGUGAAGAUCCCGCGGGAACCCAAACAGGGAGAGUUCGAUAAGGUGAUCCGGAGGCUGCGAGAGAACCCCAACGCCAGGGUGGUCAUCCUGUUCGCCAACGAGGACGACAUCAGACGGCUGCUCCACGCCGCCAAGAAGGCCAACCAAACGGGACACUUCAUCUGGGUGGGCUCCGACAGCUGGGGCUCCAAGAUAUCCCCGGUGCUGGACCAGGAGGAGAUGGCGGAGGGGGCUGUCACCAUCCUGCCCAAGAGACUGUCCGUCAGAGGGUUCGACCGCUACUUCAUCAGCCGCACGCUGGAGAACAACAGGAGGAACAUCUGGUUCGCUGAGUUCUGGGAGAACAACUUCAACUGCAAGCUGAGCCGGCACGCGCUGAAGAAAGGAUCAGGGCUCAAGAAGUGCACAAACCAGGAGCGCAUCGGGAAGGACUCGUCCUACGAGCAGGAGGGCAAGGUGCAGUUCGUGAUCGACGCGGUGUACGCCAUGGCCCACGCCCUCCACAACAUGCACCGGGAGCUGUGCCCGGGCACGGUGACCCUCUGCCCCAAGAUGGACCCGCUCAACGGCACCCUGCUGCUCAAACACAUCCGCCGCCUCAACUUUGCCGGCAUCGCCGGGAACCCGGUCCUGUUCAACGAGAACGGAGACGCCCCGGGCCGCUACGAGAUCUACCAGUACCAGAUCAGGAACCGGACCGCUGAGUACAAGAUCAUCGGCCACUGGACCGACCAGCUGCACCUUAACGUGCGCACCAUGCAGUGGCCGGGCGGCGUGCGCCGGGUGCCCUCCUCCAUCUGCAGCCAGGCCUGCAAGGCGGGCGAGCGCAAGAAGACGGUGAAGGGCAUCCCGUGCUGCUGGCACUGCGAGCGCUGCGACGGCUACCAGUACCAGGCCGACACCUUCAGCUGCAAGAUGUGCCGCUUCGACCUGCGGCCCAACGCCAACCACACGGGCUGCGACCCCAUCCCCAUCGUGAAGCUGGAGUGGAGCUCCCCUUGGGCGGUCAUCCCCGUGCUCAUCGCCGUGGCGGGCAUCAGCGCCACGCUCUUCGUGGUGGUCACCUUCGUGCGCUACAACGACACGCCCAUCGUCAAGGCGUCGGGGCGGGAGCUGAGCUACGUGCUGCUGACGGGGAUCUUCCUGUGCUACGCCAACACCUUCCUGAUGAUCUCCACGCCCGACGUGGGCGUGUGCUCCAUGCGGCGGAUCUUCCUGGGCCUGGGCAUGAGCAUCAGCUACGCGGCGCUGCUCACCAAGACCAACCGCAUCUACCGCAUCUUCGAGCAGGGCGGCGUGUCGGUGAGCGCGCCGCGCCUCAUCUCGCCCGCCUCCCAGCUGAUCAUCACCUUCGCCCUGGCGGCGGUGCAGCUGCUGGGCGUGUGCAUCUGGUUCGGCGUGGACCCGUCGCAGGCCGUCAUCGACUACGAGGACCAGCGCACGUCCAACCCGCUGAUGGCGCGCGGCGUGCUGAAGUGCGACAUCUCGGACCUGUCGCUCAUCUGCCUGCUGGGCUACAGCAUGCUGCUGAUGGUCACGUGCACGGUGUACGCCAUCAAGACCCGCGGCGUGCCCGAGACCUUCAACGAGGCCAAGCCCAUCGGCUUCACCAUGUACACCACCUGCAUCAUCUGGCUGGCCUUCAUCCCCAUCUUCUUCGGCACCUCGCAGUCCACCGAGAAGGUAGGGCCCACUACCUUCGGCAGCCUGUCGACGUUGGAGGAGUAG